CGGCAGUAGUCAACCCGCGAUUCUGAUCGCAUCAACCUCUUUGCACCUGUGAUCACGCUCGCAGCCAAUCUCUCGUGGGCAGGCAAGACAAUUCCUUCAACCUGCGCGGGCUCCCGGAGAACCUUACUCACCGCUACUAUGGCUGAAACGGGGUGAAACGGUAUCGGCGGAGCGGCCGUCUCAGUAUAUAUGCAUUCGGAUCCCCCGACCAUUACUAGUACUGCACAUUGCUCUCUGCUAGCAGCAUCACCGACAUGGCGAUGGAUCCCACUUCGUUUAGGCAACUCACAACGCGCCGCGGCAUCAACUACAGCUACUUUGUCUCCACUGGACAGUCUUCCAGUCCAACCUUGCUCCUGCUUCAUGGCUUCCCCUCCACUGCAUACGACUGGCACCUUCAGGUUCAAUUCUUCGCCAAGGAAGGAUACGGUAUCAUCGCGCCUGAUCUGCUUGGCUCUGGAAAGACGGAUAAGCCGCUGGAUCCGUUGCUCUACAAGCAGAGCGAGAUGAGUAAAGAUAUCAUCGAUAUUCUCGACGCCGAGAAUGUCGAGAAGGCUAUCGCGAUCGGACACGACUGGGGGUGUGCCUUGGUGUCGCGUCUCGCGAAUUAUUUCCCCGAACGCUUCAUCGCGUUCGCGUUCCUGGCUGUUGGAUACAUGCCCCCUUCCGUCCCCUUCGACUACGAGGCUGCCUUGGCCAUCACUAAACAAAUCUUAGGAUAUGAAGCGUACGGAUACUGGGAGUUCUUUGUGAGGGAUGAAGAAGCAGACCAGAUAAUCAAAGACCAUUGGGAGUCGUUUUUGACGCUCUCAUACCCGUCCGACCCCACCAUCUGGCGCACGCACCUGUGCCCUCGAGGCGGUAUCAAAGCACACCUGUUAAGCGGAGAUAUUGCUCCAUCUCCAUCCUACCUGACCGAAACUGACAAGAAAGCCAUCUCGACCGCCAUCCUUUCCGGUGGUCUUAAAGGAGCCUUCAACUGGUACCGGAUCAUGCUCGACGGUAUCACGGACUCAGACGACAAGCAGAUAUCAGAGUCGAGGCAGACUAUCACGCAGCCGGUGUUCUUCGGCGCGGCAAAUCGCGACUACGUCUGCGUGCCGGCGCUGGCGCUGGCGCGUAUGAAAGAGUUUUGUCCGGACUUGACUGUGAAGGAGUUUGAUUUAGGGCAUUGGGUGCAGCUCGAGGCUCCGGAAGAGGUCAAUCGCGAGUUGGCAGCUUGGAUUCAGGGUGUGACGAAGGCUAAAUUGUAGAUCGGAAUGCAUGUGUAUCUGUGUUGGGUCUUUCAAACGAUGUCCGUGGAUGAGUGGUGCACUCGAGUGCCCGCAAUGGAUAUAAUUAAACGUGACUCCUCUAUCAAUUCGUGGUUGUAGC